AUGGCCGGUCUCAACUAUGUAACAUUCAACCAGGAUCACAGCCUGCUAGCUGUCGCAACGACUCGAGGCCUGCGAACCUACACCACCGAUCCCUUCGAGCUGUCGAACAAUUGUACCGACGAUGACAUCUCCCUCGUCGAGCCACUCUUCUCCACAUCUCUGGUGGCAGUCAUCACAACACCAAGAUUACUGCGGAUAGUCAACACGAAGAGGAACUCGACAAUAUGCGAGCUCACAUUCCAUGGCAUGGUCAUUGCGGUGAAAAUGAAUCGCAAGCGGCUGGUGGUGGUGCUGGAAGAAGUCAUGUUCAUAUAUGAUAUCAGCAAUAUGAUAUUGCUGCACCAGCAGGUGACACCAUUAAAUGCUGCCGGAAUAUGCGCUCUGUCGCCCAACUCGGAGUACAACUACCUCGCGUUGCCCCACCACCAGAACGUCCAGUCCGGGUCGCAGGCACAAUUACAACCGGCUCAUGUGCCAAAGUCCGGCGUAAGCGAGGCGAUGAGUGGUGAUGUGCUGCUAUACGACCUGAACAAGAUGGAGGAGGUCACGGUGAUACAGGCACAUCAGACACCACUGUCGUGUAUAGCGAUGAGCAACGAUGGAACUCUCAUGGCUACGGCGUCGGAGAAGGGUACGGUGAUAAGAGUGUUCUCAAUACCCAGUGGGAAGAAACUAUACCAAUUUCGGCGAGGCAGCAUGCCGGCAAGGAUAUACUGCAUGACUUUCAACGCAACAUCAACAUUGCUAUGCGUGUCCUCUGCGACAGAGACCAUCCAUAUCUUCAAGCUCGCCCCUCCGAGCAAUAGUGUCUCAGGACAAAGCAGUACGACUCACCCAGCCUCACCACCCGACUCACCGCAACAGCCUACCUGGUCGUCCCGAGAACGUCGGCCUAGCAGUCCUACCACCUCAGAGGAUACCACAGAAGGCUCCAAGUUCGAUCCUGACGCCUCAUCCACAUCACCCAUUCCCCGCCAACCACGCAACCCAGGUUUCAUGUCCUUCAUGCGCCGAACGUCGCAAAACGUCUCUACCGGUCUCGUAACCCGCGCAGCCGGCUACCUCCCAGCCUCCGUGACUGAAAUGUGGGAACCACAACGGGACUUUGCCUGGAUGAAGAUUCCGCGAGGGACAAAUGGGCUGCCUGUGAGGAGCGUGGUGGCUAUGGCGAAUAACGUUCCGCAUGUCAUGAUUGCGACGAACGAGGGGUGGUACUAUGUUUAUACCAUUGAUUUAGAGAGAGGUGGGGAGGGGACGCUCGUCAAGAAGUUUGAGUACGUUAAGGAGGCGUCAUAG